AUGACAGUCAUAAAUGAAACUAUAGUAACUGAAUUUAUUCUUUUGGGGUUUACCGGUGUUAAACAUAUAAAGCUACUUUUGUUUGCCAUAUUCUUAUUUAUUUAUAUUGUGACAGUCACUGGAAAUAUUGUAAUUGUCGCCAUUGUAUACGUAGAUAAUCAUCUGCACACACCCAUGUAUUUCUUCCUAAGUAACUUAUCAUGUUUAGAAAUGUUGUACACAUCUAAUAUUAUCCCCAAAAUGUUAUUUAACAUCAUAACGGAAAAUCCAACUGUGCCAUUUACAGGAUGCAUUGUUCAGUUGUAUUUCUUUGGUUCCCUGGGGUCUACUGAAUGCUUUCUUUUGGGGGCUAUGGCCUAUGACAGAUAUGUUGCUAUCUGCAAACCAUUGCACUAUUCAUUACUGAUGACCACUAGGACAAGUGUAUUGAUGUCAUUAAGUUCAUGGUCUGCAGGAUUUAUUGCUACUUUUGGGGCAAUUGUAUUAGUAUCUCAGUUGCAUUUCUGUGGGCCUAAUCAAAUUAAACAUUUUUUUUGUGACCUUCAGCCAGUUUUGAAAUUAUCCUGCAAAAAUGCACACGCUAUGGAAACUGUGUCUUGGAUAUUAGCUUCCACUAUUCUUCUAGGCUCCUGUCUCCUUACACUAGCAUCUUAUGUGAGGAUCAUACUAACUAUGGUACAAAUUCCCUCUUCUAAAGGUCGACAAAAAGCGUUCUCUACCUGUACUGCCCAUCUUACAGUAGUUAUCAUCUUUUAUGGUGCCAUGAUUUCCAUGUACGUCAGUCCAAAUACAGUGGGAAAUGAAGAGAUUAAUAAAGUCUUAUCUUUACUUUAUACAGUUAUAACCCCUUUUAUGAAUCCCUUCAUUUAUACACUGAGGAAUCAGGAUGUGAAACAAGCACUCCAUAAAGCAAUUAAAACAUGUAACUGUAACUAA